CUCAACACUAAAUUUUCUCCAUUAAUAGUUAUAGACUUAACUAAAAAAUUUUCUAAGAAUCGCCAAAUGAACAAUUGAAAAGAAAACUCUAGGAAAAAAGCAACAAAAAUGUCAAAUGAAGUGUAAAGUGUUAACAGUGCAAUAAAAAUCAACCAAACAACAACAAAAAAUAGCCACAAAAUGUCUACCGACAACAGCAUACAAGUCAACAAUAAUGCCUAUGAAGCCUCAAAGGUGGAGGUUAUUGUUUUGGCCAAAUCCGAUAAAACGCUCAAGAACAACAUGGACGCCAAAGACGAGACAAUGCGCAAACGCACAUCCCUCAUUAUUGUGCCACAGCCAGUUGAGGAGCACGCCGACCGCGAUAACAAUCUUACCAGCUCUACUAUCGAUAACAAUGACGAUAACAGCAAUGAGACAAUCGAUAGCAACAACUCAGCCGAUAGCAAAAACACAGAAACAAUUAGUGUUGAGAAGAAGCAACUGCUAGAGACAUCAAUUAGCUCAACUAACUCCAAUGGUGGCACUGAGGAGGAUGAUGAAAGCGAUUAUCCGAAGAAGCCGCUCGAUAACGAUAACAAACGUAAUCGCCACUCGAUAGCAAGCGUCGAUAGUUGCGUGUCACGUUCUACGCGCACCAGCAGCACUGAUACCAGCACUUCUUCUUCGGGCGAUGAUGUCGCCAUUGAUGAUUAUAAUGAUCUUGAAGAGAAUGGCAAUUUGAUUGAUGAUCUCGAUGAAGGUGAUCGCAAAAAUUGUUUAUCGAAUGCCUCAUCCUCCAUCGAUGAUUAUUCGUUGCGUGAAAAAUUACAUAAUUAUGUCAAUGAGGCUAUGGUGAAAGAUGAGAGCAGCACUUGUGGUGAUCAAUGCACCAGCUCCGAUGCGGAGGAAGUAAAUACCGAAGAGAUGGAAGCGAUCGAAGAGGAGGAGUUGGUAGAAGAUGUGCCAGCUGAGCCACAGAGUCUGCCACCCUGCGAUGCGCUCUUGAGCCCACAAGAGGUGCCAAUGGGUCGGCGUUACGCCGAGGUGUCACAGUUUAAGGCGAACAAAUGGACUUCCGAUUCAUCCAGCACACAAUUGACCACAUCAGCUGUACCGCCGGCAACGACACAGAAUCAAUUAAAGCCCACUUCAGCAACAGCUCUAGCAACAGGAGCAACAAGCAAUAAUAAUAACAACAAUAGCAACAAUAUUGUAGCCAGUAAUCGACGUCUGCCAUUCUGUGGUUUAGAUUCCAUUAAAGGAAGUGACAGCAAUGGACUAGGCGAUGGUUGCGGCAUGGGCAGUAGUGGUGGCGCCACCAAUUUAUGUUUCGAUUUGCAAGGUGGCAGCUGCGGCGGCGGUGGCGGUGGCGUUGGCAGCACGAAUAAUCGUCUCACUGCUGGCAGUGGUGGUGGUUGUCUCGGUGUGCUUGGCGAUGCUGGCGUUCAACAUGAUAACAUAUCAGAACAAUUUCACUCAUUGGAUGCCGCCGAUAGCAGCUGCUGUGAGGAUGGACAGUUCGAGGAUGAUAUGCAAGCUCUGCUGCCGAAAUGCAAGCGUUAUUCGGGAGAUGAACUCAGUCAGUCACGUACAUCUCUGGUAUCCAGUUCGGAUGGUGGCAUUUUGGCCGAAGGCGAAACCUCGAGCGAAACAUCGCGCGGCACCGAUGAAUGCCCGCCCUGUGAUUUGGGCCUGAUGGAACGUCUGUUGCUGACACAUCCUGUAUGGUUUUUACCCGGCAUACAACGGUCGGGUGCAGUGCAUUUCCUGCAAGGCAAAGAGGAGGGGAACUUUAUUGUACGCGGCUCAAGUCAGCCCAACACAAUGGCGGUUUCAGUGCGUCUGCCACCAGAUACCGGUCCCUAUAUUGAACAUUAUUUAAUACAAUCAAACGAUGGUAUUUUAAGCUUGGAGAGUUCACGUUUCACAUUCGAUUCCAUACCCGCGCUGAUCGCACACUACGCACAAUGCUGCGAUGAACUACCCGUGCAACUGAUACUGCCACGCGCUCUGCGCGAAGUGAAAAAUCGUCAACAGCUUUCAUCGCUGGCGCUGUUGGGUCAGGAGUUCUGGCGCUAUCCGAUGUCUUGCCCAAAGUCACAUGAGUCAGAGGCUAAUCUACUUGAUGCUAAAUCACCAAACUCAUUGACGGAGACAAGUGGUUUGGGAACAACCGUUUUCAGCAGUAACUCUGCGGCACCACAAUCGUCGAAGGUCUUUAGUCCAACCAAUAAUAGUGGUGGGCUCUUCAGUCAGGCAGGUACACCGUCGGAUACGACAUCGAGUAUGAGUUCUUUCACCACAAGUGGUGUCGCACAAAUGCAGCUAAUGAGUCCCGAAUCAGUGGACUCCGUCAUACUGACAAUGUCGCCAGUAGAUGUGAAUAAUCAACGCAACAAUGGUCUGGUUGGCUUAGUGUGUGACAGCGCAUCGGCAGCUAGUGGCAGUCUCAGCACCUUCAAAUCGAAUAAUCUUACUGCGCUAACAACGAAGGGCAUAAAAAUGAACACGCCAGAUAAUGGCAUCAGACCACAGCGACCCAAGCCGCCUAACACGCUGAAUCUUGAUUUGCGCAAGCCACCGGCACCGCCGCUACGUUGUUUCAAACCGCUUACACCCGGCAGUCCGCUACCAUCGGAGCAUGGCAUUAACGGGGGAAAUAACUUCACGGUGACUACCACUGUCACCUUCUCUAUGGAGAAUAACAACUCGCCACAUUUUGUUGAGGUGACCACACCGGCAACCGCAAAUAAUAUGAUCACGCCAAGCGCGCUAAACUCGAAUGCAACUUUCCAAACAUUCUCGAAACGUCUAUCACCCGAGGGCGAAUGCAAGGACACGCUUUCAUCGCAGGGCUCCUCCAAUGGAAGUCGUUGGCAGUCACAGAGCAGCAAAGAUUCGAAUCACAGUCAGAGAAAGAUACUCUCACCCUGUUCGGCUGGCACACCGACAAGUGCCAUCGGUAGCAGUAGCAGCGGCAAAUCGCGCCGCUUAAAAGCGCGCAAAGAAUCCCAACACUACAAAGAGUCUGACAUACUGGAGAGCCCACAGAUUUAUUGCCGCAGUGCUUUGGGUGAUAAAAUCAGCGAUUAUGAGGAUCUGUGGACACAAGACUCCAAUGAACGCACGGGUCUGCUUACGAGCUUCAAACCUGCUGAAGGUGCGCAGGGCAAGCGUCCGGAUCUGCUGGCAGAAACACCCACGAUCACUUCCCUUAGCGCCAACCUGUUAUCUCCUGCCAACUCCACUGCCACCUCAGCUAGUCCGCCACGCAAUAGCACUGACUCACCUACACCCACUGCCGAUGCCAGCUCUUGUGACACCCAGCAACUCAUACAAUUCUCCUCCGAUGUACAGCCACGUUCACGUGCUGCCCUACUCUUGCCCGGUCUCAUGAGCCAAUCGUUGUCCGAAGAUCAGUUUAAGGUUUGUGAACCUAUCGAGGGUGACACCACACCUACAGCCGAUACGCCAGCCUCACGUAGCAAACAAGGCAGUCCCUUCUAUGCUGAACCAGCAGAUGCUCUACGUGAAGCGGGUCUUACAACUGCCAGCAUCUUGCGACGCUCACAACGUGGACCACUCUUGCCAGCCAAUCAUCGACAUUCGGAACCUCCAAAGAGCGGUCUUGCGCGUACGCCCCUAUGUCCUCUGCUGAUACCCAAAGAUUUCGAUAAAAUAGCUGGUAGUCUGGAUGAGCUCAAGAAAAAACAACAACCGCAACAAGCAUCAGCACAGCAGCAACAGCCCAACAAACGGCCACGUGGACGCUUCGAGCAAUGGCAAUUGGAUAGCAGUUGGGAGUUCGUGCGCAAACAGGAGGAUGAAGGCAACUACGAUGAAGAUGCUGCAGAGCAAAAUGGCAAAAAUCAUUAUGGUGAUUAUGAUACGGAAGAACAAUGGCGGCAGCAGCCUGCCUCUGCACAGGAGAAAGAAAACUCUUUGGGACGAGAAGCUAAUAAAGAGAAUAAACAGAAACCUUUAACGGUACAUCAAAUAAUUGCGAAACGUAUACCCGAUUUGAAUCUACCAGAGCUAAUACAUUGCUCCACACCACCACAACAAACAUAUCUACAGCAGCAGCUUAACGGUCAGAAUGGUCAAAAGCAAUUAAAAGAACAUCAUGGAAGCCAAAAAUCGUUCGACAGUCAAACGGGUAGUCGCCUCUCAUCCUACGAUAAUGUCGGUGGUGGCACCUAUUCCGUUUGUCAGUCCUAUUGUAAUGGCAUCGAUUCAGCGCAGUCGGAUGAUGGCACGGUGUUCUCAGAGCCAUGGGACUCAUCACAGUGGGACUCGUUCAAUCCAAAUGAUGAUGCCACCCUCACAUCGGACACUAUACACUUUUCGAAAUGUCGACCAGUCGUCUCAGAAGAUGACACAAUAAUUGAGGAGCUGAGCACCAAAGAGAGCAAUCAAGACACAUUGAAGGCGAAGAAGUCAAAUGGUCGUCAGAAGGUUGCAACCAUCUUGCGAAAUCCGAGCAUGCGAGAUCGAGAAAUUUUGCGUCACCCACGCAACAAAUUGAACGCACUAAACGGCGGUCCGGGCGAGUUGGUGCGCGCCUGCACUCUCCAACUCGCUCAAGAUCCAAGCUCGACUUUUGCACGCAACAUUGAGAAUUUCAUCUGCUGCACUAAGGAGUCACGGGAGGCAGCACCCCAAGUUGUAAUGCGCAAUAUGCGUCAAUUUAUGAACGGCAUGAAAAACUAUUUGGUGAAACAUGGCGAAGGUAAAUUCCAUCAGGAAAUUGAAGCGGCGCGUUCGCGACUCAAAUCAGACGAGUUUCUCAAUUUGGAUGCUAUACUCGAGACGGUGAUGCACGAAUUGGUUGUGCUGCCGCUACGCGAGCAUCUCUACGGCAUGUUCGUAGACUACUAUAAGCGCUCGGAGGACAUACAGUUGUUGGCACAAAAUGUUAAAUACGCUUGUGGUCGUUGCCCGGCUGAUUUUGGUAUGCGCGCCACCGUAACGCCACCAUCACAAACAUCCUUGCAAAUUAUAUCGGCAUUAUUGCAACGCCUACAAGAGGCUGAACUACCGCUGGAAAAGUUGGAGCUAUUUCUGUGCGUGAUUUCAACAAUUUUCGAAGCCACCGGCUGUCCACGUGGUCAACAGUUGGGCGCUGAUGAUUUCCUACCCGUACUCGUCUAUGUAGUGGCCAAGUGUGGUUUUGUAGGCGCUGAGAUAGAGGCUGAAUUCAUGUGGGGUCUAUUGCAACCGACUUUGCUGAGCGGUGAAGCGGGAUAUUACUUGACAGCGCUAUGUUCGGCUGUACACGUGCUCAAAAGCUUCAUGUCAUCGGAAAGUGAAAAUGGCACCGGCUCAUUGGAUUGGCGCUCCUCUUCGCUACCCGCUUGCUCUUCAGUGCUGCGCGUCAUUAUACCUGACGAAUGUAAUGGCUCGUUGCAAACGCGUACACUGCCGGUGCGACCGCACACCACUACACGUGAAGUGUGUCGCAUUAUUGCGCAUAAAGCACGCAUAACCAAUCCACAAGAUUAUGCACUUUUCAAGCUUGUCGAUGGCGAGGAAACGUUGCUGAAUGACGUCGAGUGUCCACAAGAUGUUCGUUUCGCUUCAAAGGGUAAACACUGCAUGUUGGCUUAUAAGCGCAUCGACGCAAAGAUCGCAUGGCCCACGGCGACCAAUUAAGCCGGCCAAGGAAGGCUAAACUUUUCGAAUAGCUGAGCAGACAUCGUAGAAGAAAAAGCCAAUACGAUAUUAUAUAAGUCAUGGAUUAAUUUGAUUAGUUUUAAUAAAAAAAUAAAUCAUAAGGCAAAAUUGCUCACUAAUCAUUCUCAUAUAUUAUUUUUUUUUACUACACAAACAUAUGUAAUUAUAUAUUAUAUGUAUGUCUUUACAAUAUAUACUUAUAUACGUAUACUAUAUACUACAAUAUACUAAACAGUAUUGAGAUAAGUUUAGCGUGUAAGCGUAGAAAAUAAAGAAACAAACAGUAAUGUAUGUAGGUACGUAUGUAGUUAUCUGUUAAGUAAAACUACUGACUAACAACGCUUACUGUACGUAUGUAUGUAAUAUUUCGAAUUAAUUUUGUACAACUAACGAACACUUCCAAUUGCGUUUACAAAUCAUAAGGAAAUAUUGUAAAAAAAAUCAAUUGCAAAAAAGAAUCCACAAAAAUUAUAUGCGAACAUGAGUUUUAAGUUAUUUUAAAUAAAUUAAAAUACUUAAAAGCAUUAUGAAACAAAAAAGAAUUGUGCAGUUUUUUAAGGAAAAAAUAUUAAAAAAUACACAUUGUAUGAAUUUGAAAAUUGGCUGAACGAAAGUGUCGAUAAAAAUGCAAACCAAAAAUUAAAACAUGCUUAUAUUAAAGUAAUGCACAAACACUAUUUUCCAUAACACAUAUUGUUAUUAAGCGAAACCCAUUUAGAUGUUUAUUUGUAAAUACCUGAGUUAUCAAAUGACCUUCAGCUAGUUUAAAAUGUUUGUAAAUCUCAAUUUUCAGCAGAUUUUGUGUAAAUAGCAGAAAAUUUGUAUUAAGAAAAUUUACGAAAAAUAUACUUACAUAUUUUAACGAAA